CUAGCCGUGACGAUGCGAGUCGGCCGUGACAGGGCAGCGCGGACUGUAAACAUGGCGGCGUGCAGAGCCACAGGUCUGCGCCGCUGUUCGCCUCCUUAACUGAAGCCUGUAGAAUCGAGACAGCUGAGUCAUGGAGACCGAAGAAGAGCAGCACAUGACGACGCUCUUGUGCAUGGGAUUUCCGGAUCCCGUCGCCAUUCGGAAAGCCCUGCGUCUGGCCAAGAACGACAUCAACGAGGCCGUGGCUUUCCUGACCAACGAGAGCCCCGGACUCGGCUUUGGCUAUGAGCCGAUGGAGAGCGGCCCCAGCCCGGGCUCAGGGCCCAGCGGAGACCGCGACACCAGCGGGAGGACCGGCGGUGGCGGAAGCAGCGGAAGCGGCAGUGGAUUCGACCCUCCUCCCGCUUACCACGAUGUUGUAGAAAGCGAGAGGGCGAAUGAUGAGAAUGGGAACUGUUCAGGGGGCAAUAUGGAGUUUCCCACCACCAACCUGUAUGAGCUGGAGAGCAGGGUGUUCACGGACCACUGGUCAAUCCCAUACAAGAGAGAGGAGUCGCUCGGGAAGUGUCUCAUCGCCUCCACCAGCCUCGCCAGAAUGGGCCUGGCUGAUGCAGAUGAGAACUGUAAGAGAUUCAUGGACAGAUGCAUGCCCGAGGCCUUCAAAAAGUUGUUGAUGUCUAGUGCAGUGCAUAAGUGGGGCACAGAGAUCCAUGAGGGGAUCUACAACAUGCUGAUGCUGCUAGUUGAUCUAGUGGCAGAGAGGGUCAAACAGGACCCCAUCCCUACUGGCCUUAUGGGAGUACUCACUAUGGCCUUUAACCCCGAUAACGAGUAUCACUUCAAGAACCGUAUGAAGGCGAGUCAGAGGAACUGGGCCGAGGUGUUUGGGGAAGACAGCAUGUUUGCCGUCUCUCCCAGUUCCAGUUACCAGAAGGAGCCUCACGGAUGGCUAGUGGACCUUGUGAAUCGGUUUGGAGAGAUGGGCGGCUUCACUGCCAUUCAGAGCAAGCUGAAUCAAGAGGAGAUGGAGAUCGGGUGUGUGUCUGCGCUGGUGCAGCCGCUCGGCGUGUGUGCGGAGUACCUGAACUCCAGCCUGGUCCAGCCAAUGCUGGACCCGGUCAUCCACAAGAUGAUCACAUACGUGCAGAAUCUUGAAGAGAAAGACCUAAAGGACAAGAGGUUGGUGAGCAUUCCAGACCUUCUGUCCGCCAUUAAACUGCUGUGCAUGAGGUUCCAGCGGGAGCUGGUGAACGUGGUGGAUGACCUGAGGUUGGACAUCCUCCUGCGGAUGCUCAAGACCCCUCACUUCAGCGCCAAGAUGAACUCGCUCAAAGAGGUCACCAAGCUGAUCGAGGAGAGCACGGUGUCGAAGACCGUGAAGAACGCCAUAGACACCGACCGGCUCCUGGACUGGCUGGUGGAGAACUCGGUCCUCUCGAUAGCACUGGAAGGAAACAUUGACCAGGCGCAGUAUUGCGAUAGGAUAAAGGGAAUCAUUGAGCUGUUGGGCAGUAAACUCUCACUGGAUGAGCUUUCAAAGAUCUGGAAAAUACAAUCUGGCCAGUCCUCCACCGUCAUCGAGAACAUCCACAACAUCAUCGCCGCAGCAGCCGUCAAGUUCAACUGCGAGCAGCUGAACCACCUCUUCAUCCUCAUACAAAAAAGCUGGGAGGUUGAGACCGAUCGAGUCAGGCAGAAGCUUCUGAGUCUGAUCGGGAAGAUCGGGAGAGAGUCGCGCUCGGAAAUAACAACGGGAAAGGUGUUGGAGGUGCUUUGGGAGUUGGCCCAUCUCCCUACACUUCCCACCACUCUGGUCCAGCAGGCCCUGGAGGAACACCUGACCAUCCUGAGCGAUGCCUACGCUGUUAAAGAAACUGUUAAGAAAAGCUACAUCAUCAAGUGUAUCGAGGACAUCAAGAAGAUACAAAUACAGGAGGACUCAAAGUCUACCAGCGAGAUACAGGUGUCUUUUUUUACUGGCUCCUGGGGCAAGAAGAAACCAACCUGGGCUAAAUCAUCCCAGCAGAGUAACCCCCAAUCAGUAUGGGUUGUUCCAGCCCUACGGCAGCUCCAUGAGAUUACUCGCUCCUUUAUCAAGCAGACAUACCAGAAACAGGACAAGAGUAUAAUCCAGGACCUGAAGAAGAAUUUUGAGAUCGUGAAGCUGAUCACAGGCUCUUUAGUGGCAUGUCAUCGUCUGGCCGUGACCGCUGCUGGCCCCAGUGGUCUCUCAGGGUCCACUCUGGUGGAUGGACGAUACUCUUAUCAAGAGUAUUUGGAAGGGCACCUGAAGUUUUUAGCAUUCUUUCUACAAGAAGCCAGUCUGUACUUGGUGUGGAACAGAGCUAAAGAGGUCUGGGAGUGCUUGGUGUCUGGCAUGGACGUGUGUGAGAUGGACCGGGAGAUGUGUUUUGAAUGGUUCACUAAAGGACAACAUGAUCUUGAAAGUGAUGUUCAGCAACAACUCUUCAAAGAGAAGAUCCUUAAACUUGAGCCUUAUGAGAUUACUAUGAACGGGUUUAACCUUUUUAAGACCUUCUUUGAGAAUGUGAAUCUCUGUGAUCAUCGUCUCAAACGGCAGGGAACUCAACUGUGUGUGGAGCGUUUAGACCUAAUCGGGAUGGACUUCAUCUGGAGAAUUGCCAUGGAGUCGCCUGAUGAGGACAUCGCCAAUGAGGCCAUUCAGCUCAUCAUCACCUACAGUUACAUAAAUCUCAAUCCUAAAAUGAAGAAGGAUUCAGUGUCCUUACAUAAGAAGUUUAUAGCUGAUUGUUAUAAGAGGUUGGAGGCUGCCAGCUCUGCCCUGGGUGGCCCAACCUUAACCCACGCUGUUACACGAGCAACCAAGAUGUUAACAGCUACUGCCAUGCCAACUGUUGCCACUUCAGUGCAAUCACCUUCCAGGUCUACUAAGCUGGUAAUCAUCGAGAGGCUGCUGUUACUGGCUGAGCGAUAUGUCAUUACUAUCGAGGAUCUGUACUCUGUUCCUCGAACUAUUCUACCUCAUGGAGCUUCUUUCAACGGCCACCCUGUCACGCUCCACAUAACCUACGAAUCUACCAAAGAUACUUUCAGCCUGGAGGCUCACAGUAAUGAGACAGUUGGGAGCAUCAGGUGGAAGAUUGCAGAACAGCUUAGCUGUCCAGUGGACAAUGUGCAGAUAUUCGCCAACGACAGCAUGCUGACCAUGAACAGGGACCAGAAGCUGUUGAAUCAACUGGGAUUCUCUGAUGAGCAGAGUCUGACAGUGAAGAGUUCAGGAACUGGCACUCCAUCUGGCAGUUCGGCAGACAGCUCGGCCUCCGCCAGCUCCAGCAGCAGCGGAGUCUUCAACUCGGCGUACGCACUGGAGCAGGAGAAGUCUCUGCCUGGCGUCGUGAUGGCAUUAGUGUGUAACGUGUUUGAGAUGUUGUAUCAGCUGGCUAACCUAGAGGAGCCUAGAAUAACUUUGCGCGUGCGGAAGCUGUUGCUGCUCAUACCAACUGAUCCGGAGGUGCAGGAUGCCCUGGAUAACUUCGUACCGAAGGAGUCCAGUGUGUGGAGCCACCAGAAAACUCUAUUCACAUUGGGUUCUGGAUCUCAGGCCUCCAAGUCUCCAUCUCUGUCCAGCAAGCAGCAGCAUCAGCAGAGUGCAGCGUCCAUCCUGGAGUCGUUGUUCCGCUCCUCUGCCCCGGGCAUGUCCACUUUCAGAGUGCUCUAUAAUCUUGAGGUGCUGAGCUCAAAAUUGAUGCCUACUUCAGAUGAUGAGAUGGCAAAGACUAGUGUGAAGUCCUUCUGUGAGAAUUUUCUCAAAGCUGGAGGUCUUAGUCUGGUGGUUAAUGUCAUGCAGAGGGACUCCAUCCCCUCUGAAGUGGACUAUGAGACCAGACAAGGAGUCUACUCCAUCUGCCUGCAACUUGCAAGAUUCUUACUAGUAGGACAAACGAUGCCAAGCAUCCUGGAUGAAGAGCUGAGUAAAGAAGGCGUGGACACGCUGUCCUCACGGCCCUUCCGUAACGCGGGCAGGCAGAGUGGACGGCAGCUCUCGCUCUGCGGGACGCCGGAGAAAUCCUCCUACAGACAGAUGUCCAUGUCUGAUCGGUCCUCCAUCAGAGUGGAGGAGAUCAUACCGGCAGCACGUGUCGCCAUUCAGACGAUGGAGGUGGGGGACUUUACUUCCACAGUGGCCUGCUUCAUGCGUCUCACCUGGGCUGCAGCUGCUGGCCGAUUGGACCUCGUGGGCAGCAGCCAGUCAAUCAGAGAGAGCACCAAUUCCAUGCUGCCUCUGGGAGUCCGUAGCAGGGUUAGCAGCACAGGCAGUAACUGCAGCUCCAGCAGUGAAGGAGAGGUCACCACGUUGCAGGCUGGCAUCUGUGUCAAACAACAGUGCGUGUCCAUUAAAGAUACGAUCAUCGCUCGGGAAGCGCUCUCACUGUUGGUCACCUGCCUGCAGCUUCGCUGUCAACAGCUUUCUUCUUUCUAUAACCUGCCCUGUGUGAAUGAUUUUAUCAUCGAUAUUCUGCUGGGAUCACCCAGUGGAGAGAUCCGGCGAGUGGCAUGUGAUCAGCUGUACACUUUGAGUCAGAGCGAUACGUCGGCAUAUCCAGAGCUGCAAAAGUCCAAUCUGUUCCUGCUAAAGGUGGUGUUGACCGCCCAGCUCCCACUCUGGUCUCCCACCAGUGUCAUGAGGGGCAUCAACCAAAGGUUGCUUUCACAAUGCACAGAGUAUUUUGACCUACGAUGCCAACUCCUGGAUGAUCUGACUACCUCGGAGAUGGAGCAGCUGCAGAUCAGCCCGGCAGCCAUGUUGGAGGACGAGAUCAGCUGGCUGGAUAACUUUGAGCCAACGUGGACCAGCGAGCUGGAGACCAGCGAGGCCGACAACAUUCUGCAGGCCGGUCAUCUGCGCCUCAUUAAGACCCUGCUCUCACUCUGCGGCAACGAAAAGGAGCAAUUUGGCCCCUCUCUUAUCCAGCAGCUGUUGGAUGACUUCCUGUUUCGAGCAUCACGCAUUAUCCUGAAUAGCAACAACCCUUCCAGCAGCACAGCUCCUCUCCACGACUUCCACCCAAAGUGCAGUACAGUGAGCAGUCGGUUAGCAGCAUAUGAGGUGUUGGUGAUGUUGGCUGACAGCUCUAUCGCCAAUCUGCAGCUUAUCACUCGAGAGCUGCUCUCUAUGCACCACCAGUCCGACCCCUCUCUCUCUAAGGAGUUCGAUUACCUCCCACCGGUGGACGGCCGCUCCGUGUCUGGGUUCGUGGGGUUGAAGAAUGGUGGGGCGACCUGCUACAUGAACGCUGUCUUUCAGCAACUCUACAUGCAGCCUGGCUUACCUGAGGCUGUCCUGUCAAUAGAAGAUGACACCGAGAACCCAGAGGAGAGUGUGUUCUGUCAAGUGCAGUCCCUUUUUGGCCAUCUGAUGGAGAGCAAGUUGCAGUACUAUGUGCCUGAGAACUUCUGGAAGAUCUUUAAGAUGUGGAACAAGGAGCUGUAUGUGCGAGAGCAGCAGGAUGCCUACGAGUUCUUCACCAGCCUGGUGGACCAGUUGGAUGAGCAUCUGAAGAAAAUCGGAAGAGAGCAGAUCUUCAAAAAUACAUUCCAGGGCAUUUUCUCUGACCAGAAAAUAUGCAAAGACUGUCCACACAGGUAUGAGCGUGAGGAAACCUUCAUGGCACUGAACCUAGGGGUGACAUCAUGUCAGAGUUUGGAGAUUUCUCUCGAUCAGUUUGUCAGAGGAGAGGUGCUGGAGGGCAGCAAUGCAUAUUAUUGUGAGAAAUGCAAAGAGAAGAGGACUACAGUGAAGCGCACAUGUAUUAAGUCAUUGCCCAGUGUGCUGGUUAUCCAUCUCAUGCGCUUUGGCUUCGACUGGGAGAGUGGACGCUCCAUUAAAUACGACGAACAGAUAAGAUUCCCGUGGGUGCUGAACAUGGAGCCGUACACAGUGUCUGGCAUGGCUCGACAAGACUCCAGUUCAGAUCAUGGAGAGAACAGCAGGGGAGGGGGAGAAGCUGGGCCUGGAGGCUCUCCACGCAAGAAAGUCACCAUUUCUGAGAACUAUGAACUUGUAGGAGUGGUGGUGCACAGCGGUCAGGCACACGCAGGACACUACUACUCCUUUAUCAAAGACCGCAGGGGUGGUUCACGAAGCAGAUGGUACAAGUUUAACGAUAACGUCGUUGAGGAGUUUGACAUGAACGAUGAAACCCUGGAGUACGAGUGUUUUGGUGGAGAGUACAGACCCAAAGUCUACGAUCAGUCUAACCCAUAUCCAGAUGUGCGGCGACGCUACUGGAACGCUUAUAUGCUGUUCUACCAGCGCAUCAGUGAGCAGAACUCACCUGUGCUCCCCAAGAAGAGCCGCGUCAGCGUCAUGAGACAAGAAGCCGAGGACCUGUCUCUGUCUGCCCCUUCCUCUCCUGACAUCUCCCCCCAGUCGUCCCCACGACCCUCCAGAGCCAAUAAUGACCGGCUCACUCUGCUCACCCGGCUGGUCAGGAAAGGAGAGAAAAAGGGCCUCUUCGUGGAGAAGAUGCCUGCCAGGAUCUUCCAGAUGGUGAGGGAUGAGAACCUAAAGUUCAUGAAGAACAGGGAUGUGUACAAUAGUGAUUACUUUAACUUCACCCUGUCACUGGCCUCCGUCAACUCGACAAAGCUGAAGCAUCAAUCCUAUCAGGCCAUGGCGAAGACCAGCCUGCAGCUGGCUGUGCAGUUCUUGUUUCACACUUACCUGCGCACCAAGAAGAAGCUUCGGGUUGAUACAGAGGAGUGGAUAGCUACAGUGGAGAUGCUGCUGUCCAAGAGCAGUGAGGCAUGUCGGUGGAUGGUGCAGUAUCUGGUGGCCGCCGAGGGACGGGAGAUCAUCAAGAACUGCUUGUUGGAGUGUAAUGUGAGGGAGGUGCGUGUAGUGGUGGCCUCUAUCCUGGAGAAGACUCUAGAGAGUGCACUAUAUUUCCAGGAUGCAGGGCUGGACUGCCUUUUAGACAUGCUGCUCUCUUUGCUCGACAAGGACGUACCAGAGAACUGUAAAAACUGCUCGCAGUACUUCAGCCUCUUUAGUAACUUUGCCCAGAGGGGAUUCGGACCUUGUCAACUACUGUUAAAGCAUGCUGCUUAUCGAAGGAUGCUCAUCUUCCUGUUGGGUCCUAAUAGACAGAACAAUCAGAACCGCCGGUGGAGUUCAGCUCAGGCGCGAGAGUUGCUACACUUGCAUAACACACUGGCCCUAGUAGUGCUACACACAGACCUCACAUCUCAGAGAACAGAGACUCCUGGAAUGUUCAAGCAUAGCUCCUCUGGCCUAGUGUCUUCAACUUCACUCCUGCCACUGCACCCAGACGUCAACACACUGCUGUUCAAACCCGAGGGACAGCCUUACCUUAUGGAGGUAAUGUUUGCCAUGCGUGAGCUGUCUGGACCACUGUCCUUCCUCAUAGAGAUGGUAACAUACUGCUCCUUUUGUAACGAGCCUUUCUCACUGGGAGUGUUGCAUCUGCUUAAGAACCAGCUGGAGACAGCUCCUCCUCAUGAGCUCAAGAAUGUCUUCCAAAUGCUUCUGGAGAUUCUGAUGGUAGAGGACCCUCUGCAGUCCCAGAGACUCAAAUAUGCAUUCGAAUCUGAGAAAGGGCUUCUGGCUUUGAUGCAUCAGAGCAACAACGUGGACAGCAGCCGCUGCUACCAGUGUGUCAAGUUCCUCGUCACGUUAGCUCAGAAGUGUGCUCCUGCUAAAGACUACUUCAAGGAGCUGUCUGGGCACUGGAGCUGGGCAGUGCAGUGGCUACAGAAAAAGAUGUCUGAGCAUUACUGGACACCUCAGAGCAACGUGUCCAACGAGACAUCCACAGCUAAGACCUUCCAGCGGACCAUCUCAGCACAGGAUACACUGGCCUAUGCCACGGCUCUCCUGAAUGAGAAGGAGCAGUCUGGCAGCAGUAAUGGCUCUGAUGGCAGCCCAGCUAACGAGAACUCAGACCGCAGCCUCAGACAGGGAUCGGAGUCUCCUAUGAUGUUGGGGGAUUCGAAGAGUGAUUUAGAAGAUGUUGACCCCUAACUCUCUUCAUCAGCAAUAGGGGCCCUUUUUUUUUUACACAAGCAAAAAAAAAACAAGAUUCCCUCCAAUGGAGAGAUAUUGUAGCUCCAAGCAGCCAAUCGAAUGACUGCAUUUGACCUCCUGGGUGGGGGAGCAGGAAACGGAUAAUCAGGAAACAAGAGGCACAAACCCAGCCAAUGAGAGUUCUCACUGCAGGUUGCUGUAAAAGUGAAGAAAUGGGGAGGAAAUGGUUGUUGCAGGUCAAGGCAAAGGCUGAGGUUGGUCAGACCGGAGCUCAACUCUCACUGGAUAUCAUGUGUUUCCUGAGAUCCCAUCACGUAGCCCGAGCUCAGUAGAACAUGGAGGAGCUUUUUGUUUUGUGUCACUUUUCACACACAUGCAGGAUUUAGUGGUGCUGAGGAAGGGUGUUUUAAACAAAGAAAAAAAAAAAAAGGAAAGAAAAAGAACAGUUUGUGGAUAUUUGCCAAUAUAACAAGAGAUGCAUUCACGAAAAAAAUUAAAGCUGUGUUCCAUAGGUGUAAUUUCAAAUGUAAAAUAAUAUUUUUAAGAAUUCUAUACUGUUUUUUUCCUUUUGUUUGAGAGGUGCCUCGUAAUCAACUCUAAGAGGAACUUGCUACUCUUAGAUACUUAAAUGACAGUGCUCUCUCUCUCUCUCUCUCUCUCUCUCUCUCUCUCUCUCUCUGUCUCUCUCUCUCUCUCUGUCUCUGUUGCUCACUCUUGUGCUCUCUCUCCCUCUCUCUCUCUCUCUCUCUCUCUCUGUCUCUCUCUCUGUCUCUCUCUCUGUCUCUGUCUCUGUUGCUCACUCUUGUGCUCUCUCUCCCUCUCUCUCUCUCUCUCUCUCUCUCUCUCACUCUUGUGCUCUCUCUCUCUGUUGCUCACUCUUGUGCUCUCUCUCUCUCUCUCUCUCUCUCUCUGUUGCUCACUCUUGUGCUCUCUCUCUCUCUCUCUCUCUCUCUCUGUUGCUCACUCUUGUGCUCUCUCUCUCUCUCUCUCUCUCUCUCUCUGUUGCUCACUCUUGUGCUCUCUCUCUCUCUCUUUCUCUCUCUCUCUCUCUCUGUUGUUCACUCUUGUGCUCUCUCACACUCUCUCUUUCUCUCUGUUGCUCUCCCUCUCUCACUCUGUCACUCUCUCUCUCUCUGUCACUUUUUCUCGCUCUCUCUCUCUCUCUCUCUCUCUCUCUCGCUGGUAUUUUUUUAAAUGCACUUUAUAUAUGACUUCAGUUUGUCAGGUCUGAGAAGGUGACAUUUGACGGGCGAUUGAGUGGCCAUGUUCUCUGCUGCUUUGCUUUAUUUCAGGAAGAGGGCAUAAAAUCAGAUUGCAUUGUGUAUUUAAUGGAAUUCACACCUGUGAUAACUGAUACAGUAUCCUUGGAAAUUUCCAAACAUUUUGGAGUUUGGACAGACUUGUGGAGUUCAUUCAGAGUGCUUCAGCUGUCUGCGUAUAGUUUUUUUUUCUUUUCUUUUCUUUUCUUUUUUUUUUUUUUUUCCUUC